UGUAGCAGCCAAAAGAUCAAAAGAUUUGUGAUAAUAAACGUGUAAAUUAUAAAUUCAAACGAAAAAAGAAAGAAAAUGUAUAAAACCUUUAAGGCGGGAUUUGUAUCCAAAUCUGGAAUUAGAAAAUUUCAUCAGCUGGACUAAUUACAUUACCGUAAAUAAAUUUGCCUAGUACACUACCAGGCAAAAUAUAUCUUGCUAGGACCUGCCAACAAGCCGCCGAAAACGAUUGUCCAAAGCCGUCACAGCAUGUUAUCGUGACUGAGAACAAUAUUUGUUUUGGCGCGCAAAUCGUACACACACAUAAACAAAGGCAUCUACCACCUGGCCUGGCUGGCUAUUUUAUUUGUAAAAGAGGAAAGAGCAUUAAUUAAAAACGCUGAGUACAUUCUUUUUGUUUUAACAACAAUAAAAAUGGUGUUAAAACAAAGUGAAGAAUCGGCACCAAUUGUCAAGUGGAUUGGGGCUCACGACCCAUUAGUCUCCGUCGAUCAUUUGCAACAUAAAAACGUAUAUUUCUACACCAAGUGUAUCUUCGGUCCCCUUACUCUGAGUGUUGGUGAUUUUGUGCUUGUUGCUAAUGCAGAUUCAACCGAUCCAGACACCAUUGAGGGCUCUGACAUAGCCAGAAUCAUCCAUCUGUAUGAGCUAAGGGAAAUGUCCAUGACGAAAGAUCCCUGUCGCGCUAUCGUUCAAUGGUAUUCCCGCCCGGAAUGUGUUCCUCAUAAGCAUUUUGAUGACGAUACGAUUUGUAUAGACUUUAAUUGCGAAGUCAUAGAAGAGCAUCGCCCCUACGACCCCGAUAUAUCUUUGGAGACGAUCUAUCGCAAAUGUAGUGUUAUUUACGGCAGUUCCGACGCAUCUGCUUCCGGUCUAUUACAAAAUUUUGAGGCGAAACGAAAAGCUUGUCCCAUGUUUGUCUGCCGUUAUAAAUUUAUUAAAGUAAAAAAUUCGUAUCGCCUUGUUCCUUUGGAAUUUGCCAGAGAUGAAUCGGAAAGUAGUGAACGUGAUCGUAAAAAAUCAGCUACAGUAGAAACGCCCAAAGCUGCUUCGGCAAAGAAAUCAGCGAGACGAUCUGCUUUGGGCGAUGAUAAUGGAACGAAUCGUAAACGUCGAGCUUCCAUCAGUGCUACAAAUCCAUUGGAAUUUGUAAAUCUUUCAUAUUUCAACGAAAACAAAGUGUCCCCCAUUAAAAUAAUUGGAGGACGUAGCGUAGUCCGGCUGUCGGCCAAGAAGAAAUCAACACCAAGUGGCAAACAUAAGGGUGAGGAUGAAAUCAAUGCAAACUACCUGCCGGCAUCGCCACUGGCAGAACAAAAUAUCAAAGUUACUCCAAGGUCAAGAGCUGCGGCGGCCAAGCGAAAUUUGAACUUGAGUCUAGAUAAUGGUGCCGACAACACAGCAGAUUCCGAUUGUUUAAACUAUUCUAUUGUGAAGGAUACGCCUGAUAGAAAGGAGCCGCAAAAUGAUAUGAAAAUUAAGCUAAGGCUCUCGGAAAGACGACGUUCAACACGUCUGGCUUCCACGGAAGAGGACCCAUUAUCUAUUAGACCUGAGAUAGAGACAGAUUUAAGAAAAGUAAAACAAAAUGUCGAUACUCUGCAAAAAACCCCUACAAAAAAAUCAAAGUCUGCAACGGAAGGUACGCCAUCAAAUAAAAAAAGGAUUUUAAGUUCAAAACAAAAUCAGGAGGCAGAUGUUGACAUUUAUCGUACCCCCACCAAACCUGCUAAGGAUACAUCAGAGAGUACACCGAUUACAAACAGAAGAAAGAGUAUACUCAAAUCCGCCACCACCCGGCUUGCUGAGGGAACACCUAGAAGAAGUAUACAAUUGUCAAGUAUAGUUGAGAAGAGAGUCUUCAAUGAAGAUGACAUCAUUAACACACCGAAGCGUACGAAAGCAAGAAAAUCUAUAUCCAUCAAAUCUGCCGAUCAUGAUGGAGAUGAUGAUUAUGUGCCUGAACUAUCUACACCCAAAAAGACACCACAAAAAACACCAUCGAAAGGAAAAAGAAGCACAACCAAAAGUUCAACAUCUGAUGUGUCCGGUACACCCAAAACACCCUCUCAAAAAUUAAAAAUGAUUAGAUCAGGUGAAAUCAAACCAUCAUUGGAGAAACGCGGAAUUUUAGCUGGAUCUGAAAAGGCCAAGACCGAUUUGCAAAUUGCUCGCGAACGCUUGCAUGUUUCAGUGGUACCACAAAGUCUGCCUUGUCGCGAAAAAGAAUUCGACAAUAUUUACACUUUUCUUGAGGGAAAGAUUCAAGAUCAAUGUGGAGGCUGCAUGUACGUCUCUGGCGUACCUGGAACAGGUAAAACUGCAACUGUUACCGGUGUCAUAAGAACCUUACAAGAAAAGGUGACCGACGAUGAAUUACCCCCUUUCGAUUUUUUGGAAAUAAAUGGAAUGCGCCUAACUGAACCCCGCCAGGCAUAUGUCCACAUUUAUAGACAACUUACUGGCAAAACCGUUUCUUGGGAACAUGCCCACUCGCUGCUGGAAAAGCGUUUUACAACACCAGCGCCAAGGCGUGUUACAACUGUGUUGCUGGUAGACGAAUUGGACAUAUUGUGUAAUCGCAGACAAGAUGUUGUCUAUAAUCUGCUGGACUGGCCAACUAAAGCGGCAGCCCGAUUGGUGGUAAUAACUAUAGCAAAUACUAUGGAUUUACCAGAACGCCUGCUCAUGGGAAAAGUAACAUCACGUUUGGGCCUGACACGUUUAACAUUCCAACCGUACACACAUAAACAACUACAAGAGAUUGUCACCGGUCGCCUAAAUGGAUCCACGGCUUUCAAAGGAGACGCUGUACAACUCGUAGCAAGAAAAGUAGCCGCAGUUUCAGGGGAUGCAAGACGCGCUCUCGAUAUUUGUCGUCGGGCCACCGAGAUUGCCGACGCUGCAGCAUCAAAGCCUGAGAACAGUUCCAAAGAUUCAAUGCAGUGUGUCAAUAUGAUGCACGUGCAACAAGCUCUGGCUGAAAUGAUUGCUAGUGCAAAAGUUCAGGCCAUUAAAAAUUGUUCUCGGUUAGAGCAAAUAUUCCUACAGGCCGUUGCUGCAGAAGUUACACGUACCGGCGUAGAAGAAACAUCAUUUAUGGGUGUCUACACGCAAAUAGAAACAAUAGCUGCAUUCAUGGGUGCAUCUACACCAACACCAGGGCGUGCAUUGCGCAUCUGUUCGAAACUGGGUUCUGAACGCUUACUCAUUUGCGAGCAUUCACGCAAUGAUAUAUUUCAAAAGAUCCUGCUUAACGUUAGCAUGGAUGACAUACAUUACGCACUAAAGGUCAAUAAUACAAAUUGAUAGAUAGUUUAGAAUCAUCUUUUGUCAUUUUAAUGCUAUUUUAAUAGUUUUAGAUUUAAACUUAUCCUAACAAAUUUUAUUUAUUGUAUAAACACAUAGUUGUAGUUUCAUUUUUCAUCACUCAUGACAAGCG